AUGGGCCUCGCAUCAAAGCUCGCAGCAGCGCAGAACAACCCCUCGGGCGCAGCAUUCGGCGCUCCCGCCGCUGGCGCUCCUCCCGGCGUCCCCCCAGGCCAGUACGGUGCGCCCGGCGCACCGCCCCCCGUCCCCGGUGGCAGGCCUGCUCAGCCCGGUGCCCCAGGCGCUCCCGGCGCGUACGGCCAGCAGCCACAGUACGGCCAGCCGCAGCAGCAACAGUACGGACAGCAGCAGGGACAGUAUGGCCAGCCUGGUCAGCAGCCCGGCCAGUACGGUCAGCCCGGCCAGCAGCAGUACGGCCAGCAGCCCGGUCAGCCGGGUCAGUACGGUGCGCGCCCAGGGCAGCCUGGUCAGCCUGGGCAGCCCCAGUACGGGCAGCAGCCUGGUCAGCCUGGGCAGCCCCAGUACGGGCAGCAGCCUGGUCAGCCUGGGCAGCCUCAGUACGGCCAGCAGCCUGGUCAGCCAGGCCAGCCCCAGUACGGCCAGCAGCCAGGGCAGUACGGCCAGCAGCCUGGCCAGUAUGGACAGCCUCCGCAGGGGCAGUACGGCCAGCCGCAGCAGCAGUUUGGGCAGCAGCCGGGCCAGUACGGCCAGCAGCAGCAGUAUGGCCAGCAGCCCGGCCAGUACGGCGCACAGCCUGGCGCCCCGAUGGGCGCCAUGACCGGCGGCGCGGGUGGCGUGAACCCGCAGCAGCUCCUCCCCCUCCUCCAGCACUGCGUGCAGGACCAGAACCUGCAGGCAUUCUACCCGCCCGGCUCGCUUGAGCCGAUUGCGCAGCGCGUUGCCGCCUCGGGUGCCCUUCCGAAGAUUGCACAGGAGUGGCGCCUGCCGAUGGAGAUUGCUAUCGACCUCGUCAAGAUGUGCCUCUUCGACUUUGUUCUCUACGUUGACGACUCGGGCUCAAUGGCGUUCGAGGAGAACGGCGAACGUAUCGACGACCUCAAGCUCAUUGUGUCGCGCGUCGCGACGGCGACGGCCCUCUUUGACAGUGACGGCAUCCAGGUCCGCUUCAUGAACUCGCCCACCCAGGGCGACAACAUCACCAACGAGCCUGCCGCCAUGAACCUGAUCCAGCACGUCAAGUUCUCGGGUCUCACGCCCCUCGGCACAAACCUCAUGAGCAAAGUUCUCGAGCCGCUCGUCCUCCGACCCGCGCGCAUGAACCAGCUCCAGAAGCCCGUUGUCGUCAUCACCAUCACGGACGGCACGCCUGCUGGCGAGAAUCGCGACGAGGUGUUCAACGUCAUCCAGCGCGUCGACCAGGAGCUCUCGCGAACGCGCUACGGCCGCGACGCGGUGUCGUACCAGUUCGCCCAGGUAGGCAACGACCAGAAGGCUCAGGCGUUCCUUGAGACGCUCGACAACCACCCUGUCGUCGGCACCCUCGUCGACUGCACAUCGAACUUUGAGAGCGAGCAGGCUGAGAUGAUGCGCACGACGGGCAUUGAGCUCACCCCCGAGACGUGGCUCGUCAAGCUGCUCAUGGGCCCGAUCGACUCAUCGUACGACUCGAAGGACGAGGCGGGUCCUCCCCGGCGCUAA